GUUUCUUUAGGGGAACGUGGCUUUCCCCGCAGUGCCUCUUCUCCGUCUACGUUCGUGCUGCGGCGGCCGGAGCUGGAGUCGGAGCCCGAGCGCAGCCUCGCCAUGGAUUCGGCUGUCAGCGAUCCGCACAACGGCAGCGCCGAGGCUGGCACCCCAGCCAACGGCACGACGCGGCCGCCCUCCACGCCCGAGGGCAUCGCGCUGGCCUACGGCAGCCUCCUGCUCAUGGCGCUGCUGCCCAUCUUCUUCGGCGCCCUGCGCUCGGUGCGCUGCGCCCGCGGCAAGAGCUCUUCGGACAUGCCAGAAACCAUCACCAGUCGAGAUGCCGCCCGCUUCCCCAUCAUCGCCAGCUGCACACUCCUGGGGCUCUACCUCUUUUUCAAAAUAUUCUCCCAGGAGUACAUCAACCUCUUGCUGUCCAUGUAUUUCUUCGUGCUGGGGAUCCUGGCCCUGUCACACACCAUCAGCCCCUUCAUGAAUAAGUUUUUUCCAGCCAACUUCCCAAACCGCCAGUAUCAGCUGCUCUUCACACAGGGCUCUGGGGAAAACAAAGAAGAGAUCAUCAACUAUGAGUUUGACACUAAGGACCUGGUGUGCCUGGGCCUAAGCAGCGUCGUUGGUGUCUGGUACCUUCUGAGGAAGCACUGGAUUGCCAACAACCUGUUUGGCCUGGCCUUCUCCCUUAAUGGGGUAGAGCUCCUGCACCUGAACAACGUGAGCACUGGCUGUAUCCUGCUCGGAGGACUCUUCAUCUAUGACAUCUUCUGGGUAUUCGGCACCAACGUGAUGGUGACAGUGGCCAAGUCCUUUGAGGCACCAAUAAAAUUGGUGUUCCCCCAGGAUCUGCUGGAGAAGGGCCUUGAAGCAGACAACUUUGCCAUGCUGGGACUUGGAGACAUUGUCAUUCCAGGGAUCUUCAUUGCCUUACUGCUUCGUUUUGACAUCAGCUUGAAGAAGAACACGCACACCUACUUCUACACCAGCUUCGCCGCCUACAUCUUCGGCCUGGGUCUCACCAUCUUCAUCAUGCACAUCUUCAAGCACGCCCAGCCGGCUCUCCUGUACCUGGUCCCUGCCUGCAUCGGCUUUCCUGUCCUGGUGGCACUAGCCAAGGGAGAAGUGGCCGAGAUGUUCAGCUACGAGUCCUCGGCCGUAAUCCUGCCUCAUACGCCGAGGCUCACUCACUUUCCCACAGUCUCGGGCUCCCCUGCCAGCCUGGCCGACUCCAUGCAGCAGAAGCUAGCUGGCCCUCGUCGCCGGCGCCCGCAGAAUCCCAGCGCCAUGUAGUGCCCAGCAGGUGCCCACCUGCCCGCUUCCCCACUGUCCUGGGCCUAAGUUAUGAGGAGUCCAACCCUAAAGAUCCAGCAGCCGAGACUGAAUCCAAAGAGGAGUCAACAGAGGCGUCGGCAUCGAAGAGGCUAGAGAAGAAGGAGAAAUGAGGCAGCGCUGCCUGACCCUUGAGGGCCAGAUCGGACAGGCAGGGGAUGACCUGUGGGCGACACAGAAGAGAAGACACCUGCAGGAGGCGACGGUGGCCCCAGGAUGGGGAGCAGGCCUCUGCUGCCUGUUCCCUCUGCCCUUUCUCUGGCUUCCUCUGCUCCUCCUCAUCCCUGCAGGCAAAGGAAACCCUCUGCUGCUUCCUUCCCCAGGAGCCAGGUGGGCACUGAAUGUGGUUUUUAGAUUUUUGUAUUGUGGACUGUCUUUGCCUCAUAUUAAAAACUCAUCCCAUGGCCGCUAGGCCACCGUGCUCCAAGGGAGCUCUCAGCAGCUCUGCCUAGUGUUUCGUGCUGAACUCAUCGGGGCUUUGCGAGUACCUUCGUGGGUGCCAGGCCAGAAGUGGGUUCCCAUGAGCCUCCUUUCCCAGCCACUCCUGGGGGACAGUGAAGGUGGUGGGCGAGUGCUUGCUGCGCCCCGCUGGCCUUGGUAUGAGAUGAAGAGAGUGUCACGGGGCACCCCGCUUCAGCAAAGGGACUUGUAACUAUGGACAGACGGCUCCCUGGGCUUGCUGUCCAUCUGGCUGGAAAUCAAAGGUCCAUCUUUUCCAUCCCCAGGUCUCCCAAAAUACAGCUCAGGUCUUCAGAAAGCCUGCCCUGGGGAGGGAGCAGAUUCCAGAGAACAGAAGAGGCCAUCCAAGGUCAGGCAAGAGUUAGAGAUCCCAAAGCCAAAGUCUCCCUCCCUCCUGACCUUCAAGCGAGUCCCUAAAGGGCAAGGAGAGGGCAGCUCAUCCCUCGUCCACCUGCCCAGGUGGAAAAACUGAGACUGUGGAAUGGCCAUGACCUGUGAGCUUUCCCUGGCUAGGGUUCAGGGUUAAUGACUAAAAUGAACAGAUUGGAAAUGGUCAGAGAGCAAAGGCUGUCCAGAGCCUGGGGAAUAAGAGUGGAGGGAGGUGAGUGUCCCCAGUUUCAGAUGUAGACCAGGUGUGUCGAUGCAAGCUUCGGAUCUGUACUUCGGAUGCUAAGCUGCGCGUGCUUUAGCCUCGCUCUACAGAGGAGGGAAUGGGGCCGCUCACCCCCAGACAGUGACUGCAGCUCAACAUACUAAGCACUGUGCUGUCCUCUUAUAGGACCAAGAAGUCACUGUGGCUGCUCUGCUGGGCCACCGAGUCAGCCACCCAACUUCUCUGGGUCUAAAAGUCUGGAGAGGAAAGCCUGAAAGGCUCUCUAGGCAGGGGGUCUCUUUAGGGCCUUCUUGGAUCUCUGCAGGCUUGUACUGCCUUCAGGGGGAGGCCAUGUGGUCCUGGAACAAAGCCCCUCUGAGGGUGGCAGAUGGGGCAGGCAGCCCAGGCACACAGUGUGGUUGGCUCAACAGCCCACAGCCCACAAAGGCCUCAUUGAGUCACUGCCGACCCCCAGCAGAGGCUGAGGUGGCAGUGGCGCCGGGCGCCUGCCACCUAAUGACCGUCCUGGCUGGGCCAGAUGUUCCACAGACCUUGCAGCGCCGAUCAGGGCCUGCCUGGCCAAGCAGCCACAGAGGCCACUCCAGUUCCAAUUAACCAGCUUCAGCUGAGCAAACCACGGGCAGCAGCGGGGCCCAGCCUGGGCGGUGGGCCCGGCCCGGCCCGGCCGGCCGGCAGAGCCUCUGAGUCUAGACUCCAGAUGUGAACCGCCACCGCCUGAGCCCCAUGGAAAAAUGGCACCAGGCCGGGCGCGCAUCAGGCCUGCAUACUGGGAGGCGGGAUGGGUGGCUGGGCAGGGCCUCAGAUGGGACUGGUGCCAGGCUCACCCUGGAGUGGGGGUGGAUUCUUCGGAAGCUGCUUUCAAACAGAUUUCCCCUGGUUUGUGGUGUCCUCUCUGUGCCUUGGUUUUUCCAGUAGGAGGAGGCUGUUAGGGCUUAAGACCAUCCCUGCAAGAAACCCCAUACUCUAUACAUGCUUACCGGGUUAGCAUGUGGCCAGCAUUGUAGAGUGUUCUAGAAGUUCUUGACUAUCCCUGUGUGGAAUAUGCCUGCCAUCCCAGCACUUGUAGAGGCAGCAAGCUGAGAUAAGCCUUGUCUACAUAGCAAGUUUCAGGUCAGCCAGCGCUCCAAGAUAAGAAUUAGCUUAAAAAAUUAAAAAAAAAAAAAGCCAGAUUGAUCCAUACUGGUUUGUGACUAAUCUUGAACCCGGGAGACUUAAGACAGGAUGAUCAAUUCAAAGUCCCCCUUGGCUACAAAGAGUUCAAAGCCAGAGCCUGCCUCUAGCCAAGUGGAGAGAUUAAUUGUAACAAUCCUAUAUGGCACCUACCAUCAUCUUCACAGAUAAGGAAUGGCAAGCAGGUCUGCACUGACCUGCCGGUGUUUGACCUUAGUGCCUGGCUUAUCUAAACUCAUGUUCACCACUGUGCUGAAUUCCUGUUUCUUGUCUUUGGGGACAGCAUAGGGAUUAUGGGGACAGGGAGAGGAUGACAAUGGAUGGCUUCCAGGAUGAGAUGGCAGUGUCCUGACAUCUGAUCCCUUUCUUCAGCUAAAAGAGGUGAGAGCAUCCUCUCACCCAGUUGCCCUUUGGAAAGUCUUUCUGUUUCCAUGCAGUGUCAGACACCAGCUAAGUUGAUAAGGACCUAACAGGGAGCACAAAUGGUGGCUCUCCGGAGCUGACAUCCUGCAAGAUGGCAUUCCUCUGGGGAGACUGACGGAAAUGACUGGGUGGAUGUGCCAAGAGAUGAUGCCACAGGAGAUGGGACUCCUGCCCCGGUCCUGGUGGGCAAAGCAAGGGUCUGUGCCAUCCAGCUGCCCUUGCACAAAACGACAAACUCAGUGCUCCCGCCACCACCCCAGGAAAAAAAAAGCCAGGCUGGCAGGGGUCUCUGCGGCAGCCUGCGCCUCCUUCCUGUUCUCCAACUAUGGACUCCCCGCGUGACUGCCGGCCACGGGAGGAGCGGCAUCCUGCGGGGUGCGCCAGGAAGGGCCUUGCAAGCGGGAAGGAAAGCGCCACCUCUCUCGCCCCCGCCAAGGCCACACCUGGGCUCCGCAGGCGGUAGCGCCGGGCCAGCGCCUGGCUCCAGCGAGUCUGGGCCGCCCUCCCUACGCACUGCGGGGGCCGCCAGCUGGGCUGGUCGCUCGCGCAGCUCCGCGGCCGGAAGCUGUUCACUGGGGGGCGUGGUCCGUGUUGGUCCCACCCAGGAGGGCAGGGUCACUGUAGCCCAAGGACAAGCUUUGGAAUUUCGGCUGGCUUUACAGUCUCCAUUUGUGUUUUUCUUUCCUCCCAGUCCCAGGGGACCGAACCGUGCUAAGUGAGCGCUAUAUCACUGAGCUGUAUCCCCGAAACCCUUCACUUCGAUGUUCUUACCUAGAAAAUGAGGGAAUUGUACCCCACCCCCAACACCUGGCCCAGUGCAAAAUCAUGCCGGCACUGUGUGUGUUAAAUGAAUGCAUGCGAAGGUCUAAAACCUCCCUGAGGCCUGGCGUUGUCUUGGGCAAAAAGCUCCCCGCAGAUGAGGAAUCCUUUGUUUCAUCCCUGAGCUGCGUUUUCCUCAGUCAGUGGUGGCUGAGAAGAAACAGUCCUCGGAAAACAUGGACACCUAGAAUAUCCUCCGUAAAAGAUAUGGAAGAGUCUCCAAGAUGGGGCGGGGGGGGGGGGGGGGGAAUGUGGUAGCAUACUCCUGCAAUCCUAAAACCCGAGAGUAAGGCAGGAGGAUCGAGAGUAAGGCAGGAGGAUCGUCUAGAGCCAGCUCCUGAUGCAGAUUUCAAGGCUAGUUUGGGCUACAUAAGAUCCUGUUGUCUCAAAACUGAUAUAUUUGGAGGUAAAAAUGCUCAAAAGAAUUACACUUGGAAGAUUUUGCUUUUUGGAGGGUAGGGGAGUUUGGAGGGAGUGGGUUGCUUGGGUUUGAGAUUGGAACUUGCUAUGUAACCCAGGCUGGCCCAGAUGGAACUCUGUACAGCAGACUAGGAUUACAAGAAACUUUCUCUGUG